AUGCGCUUCCAAUUAGCUGUGGCAGCCAUUGCGCUAAUCUCUGGCGCCGUAGCAGACUCCCACGACUACUGUGCUUGCCAGCAAUGGUCCAACGGCCCCGUGGACCACGCCGCGACGGCGAAGGUUGCCGCGAAGCCCUGCUACGGCUACGUCUGGGGUCCAUCUGAGCAUCUGGCGAGUUCUAAAACAGAUUGGUUCGCACACAGCCCUGGGCCUCGUAAGGAUGGACAAUACCUUCAAAAUAUGAUUAAGAAGUGGAAGAUCGAUGGAGACGACUUCAACAGACGGUGCCGUGAUGCAGGAGCGAAGGAUAGCACGUGCUUCUCGUGCUCGAGCCUUCAGGUGAAUGGCGAUGGAAGAGUGCAGUGCAACAGCGGUUAG